AUGACAAAGCUUAUUGCAAUCCUCAUUUUCCUGCUUAGCUUUCUCACCCUCGAAACCGAAUCAAUCGUUACUAUCAGCGAGCAUUACUGCUCGAAUUCCACCACUUUCACUCUGAACAGCACCUACGAGGCGAACCUCAACCUUCUCCUCGCGUCCCUUCCCUCACACGCCAACUCGAGCAAUGGAUACUUCAACACGAGCACAGGGAAGCCAAGCGACGCCAACGCUGUGUAUGGCAGCUUCCUAUGCAGGGGAGAUGUCACCAAGGAAGUGUGCAUGGAAUGCGUGAGAAAUGCUAGUGUCAGUAUCAAAGCGAAAUGUCCUAUGGUCAAAGAAUCCAUCCUCUGGUUCGACCAGUGCAUGUUGCAGUAUUCAGACCGUAACUUCUUUUCGGCCACGGACAAAGUGCCUCUUCUGGGCGGGUAUAAUGAGGAGAAUAUGGAAGAACCCACCGAGUUCAUGAAGCUAUUGAACAAAACAAUGGACCGCUUGAUUACUCCGGCCGCUAAAAGAUCCGAUAAGAAGUAUGCUUCCAGAGACGCCUCCUUCAAAGAAGUAAGCGGCACUGCUCUUCAUACAUUUGCCCAGUGCAGGCCUGAUCUCUCGGCGGCUCUCUGCGAGGAUUGCCUGCAGAAUGUGAUUUCGAUUCUCCUGACAAAUGAAACCGGCAAAAUCGGGGGCAGAAUCUUGCUUCCAACUUGCUUCGCCAGGUUCGAAAUAUACCCUUUCUACACAGUCGAAAAGAAUAGGCAUUCUUCAUCAAGAUUAGUUAUUGGGAUCACUUCUGCAACUUCGGCGGUCGUGCUACUUGGCGUCGCGCUCUGGUUUGCCCUCAAAAGAGAAAGGAACAAGAGAAACGAUGUCGAAGAAGAUCCGAAUGUUGGAAGCGAAAUUUCGGAACUGCAUUCCCUACAAUUUGAUGUGGGCACAAUUGAAGCCGCCACAGCUUACUUCUCAGAUCACAACAAAUUAGGGGAAGGCGGAUUCGGUCCAGUUUAUAAGGGUACACUCCCUUGUGGUAGGAAAAUUGCAGCAAAAAGGUUGUCGCAAAGUUCGAAACAAGGCGAGCAGGAAUUCAAAAAUGAAGUCGAAUUGGUAGCCAAGCUGCAGCACAGAAAUCUAGUGAGGCUAUUAGGAUUUGCCAUGGAAAGAGAAGAAACGAUACUAGUCUAUGAAUUCGUGCCCAACGGCAGCCUCGACCAGUUGCUCUUCGGUUCGCGCCUCUCUCUUCAUCUUCUUUGA